AUGACUUUCGUUUUUUCUGGGUGGGAUGUGUUCAGCACCAAAACGUCAGCGCUUGAUAUGGUUGAUAUCCCAGCUCUUCGCUUGCCUUUCCCCCCUGAUCCGCCUUGUGACAGUGUUGAAGGCGCCGGCAUUGAGGACUUGGUCUACUACACCAUCGUUGAUCUCCCGUUCCAGCUUUCGAACAAAGAGACUCGCCGCAUGAAGCCACCAUAUGGCUUGGUGGUAGUGGUGAACAAGACCAGACAGUGCAUGGCGGGACCGCUGUGGCGCCUGCGUAGCUAUCACCCACGAUGCGCUAACGCUGAUGGCGCCUGGGCUGUGCCCCUUGGCCUGUUCCAGGAGCACGACCUUCCUCUGAACCCAGGCAUCGCCAUCACCUUCCCAGUGACCACAUUCCCACGACCCCCACUUUCAUGA